AUGCUUUGCCCUCGGCCUUCAAAGAUAUCAGCCCUGCUCCUGCUGUCACUGGCAUCCAGUGUCCUUGGCGGGGAUUACCAAGCCACCAUCACCGAAACAACUGCCCCGAUCAGCCAUGCCGACAACACAGCGGCAUCUGCUGUGACCACCGACCAUGCUGCUCUGACCAGUGUGCACGGCGAUGUCCACGGCGAUGUGCACGCCGUUACAACGGGUACGGCUCCCGUUGGUUCUGCGCAGGCGGUGCCAGCGGCCACGGCUGUGCACGGGGAAUCGACCGUGACGGCUGUUCACGGCGACAAUACAGGCGUGACACCCGUCCAUGACGCGCCGGCGACACACACACUUUACGGUGCCCCUGUUGUCGGUGCCGAGCACACUUCUGUCUCCGGCGUACCGGCUGCUGUGAGCGCCGUUCACGGUCCCUCUACGACAAUCACUAACGUGCACGCUGCUCCGGCUGUAGCCACACCGGCCGUCGGGACGUUACAUACUUCCGUUGAAGGUGCGCCUACUGUGGGCACUGUCCACGCUUCGCCGACUACUGCGACCACAGAAACCGGUGCACCGGCUGUCACAACGGUGCACAGCUCUCCAGCCGAUGCCUCUAAUGUCGCCACCACUGCGGCCUAUCCAGCACCCACAGUGCCAACGUACCAGGAUCCCUCCGCCUACCCAGUCUACUACAACCCUCAGCUUGCUUACAAUCCGUACUACCAACCCUUCCCCUUUGCCAACGGCGGUGGUGCAUCGGACUCGAAGACGGCCUACAACUUACCAUACGUGCAGAGCGUGUAUCAGCCUAAUCAGCCGAAUCAGGAUAACUCGGGAUACUAUCAGCCAUCUCCUUACUUAGGUUAUGUGCCAGGAUUUGGCAGGCCAUCGGCAUACCCGACGUCUCCAGUGUUUCCUGCCUACCACACGUCACCAGCUGCGGACACCCACCAGACUGGCUCCGCCGUGAUGCCUGCUACGAACGGGCCGUCCGUUACCAAGACUACAAUGGUCGGCGGUUACCAGGCUUCUCCAGUUGCUUCAAUUAUGUACCGUGACUCCGCUCCAGCUGUCUCGGGUGAUCACGUUGCGCCUGGCGUCGCAACUGCGCACACCACUUACCAGUCUGCUCCAGGAACUGUCAUGGUUCACUCCACCCCGGGAGUUACGACUGUGCACCCCCACUCCGCUCCAGUCAUGGGUGCUGCCUCGCCCACCUACAUGGCUGCUCCCGAAGCUGGUUCCACUCACACCGGUCAAGUUGUGGCUACCACUUACCAGGCGGUCGACCACACUGUUCCUAACAUUCACCAAGUUCCCGCUGUAAACCCCUUUCACGCUGUCCCGGCGUUCCCCUCUUACCACACUGUACCCGUGGCGGCUCAAGCGGGAAAAGUCGACUCGUACCAGUCGUCUCCCGUCAUUGGCGCUGUUCACCCAACCACGCCAACCGUUACCUCUGUUCACGAGGUUGCCCCUGCAGUGCCCACUCUACAUUCAGCAACGCCAGCUGUUGCCACUGUUCACUCGUCCGCUCCAGCAGGAACUGCCGUUCACGAGACUGGCCCUGCCGUGGCCAGCCUUCAUGCCGCUUCACCAGGAGUGACGACGACCACACUUCAUGAAGCUGCACCGGCUGUUGUGACGGCACACACCUCCGCACCAGCCGUGACCGGUGUUCACGAGGUUGCUCCAGCUUUGGCUGGCGUCCAUGCCGCACCAGUCGCAUCGGUUUCGCCGGCUGGUGCAACGAGUGUCGGCGCACAUCACUUCGUUCCAGCCGUGACCUCUUUUCCUGGUGCUAACACUGGGCUAGCCGUGCCAGGGGCUGUCCACGCGGCUCCUGCGGUAGCCACAGCGUAUGGGGCUGACCCGACGGUGACGGGCGUCCAACCCGGGUAUCCGUUCGCCGCAGGGUACGGUGUUGGGCCGGCAUUCGACUACGUUCCUGCGUAUGGUUACGGCGUUCAAGACCUCGGCUACGGCGUGGCUCCCUUCGCCGCUGGACUUAGCCACGCGUUCCCGCACUACGGGCUCAACUACGCCUAUGGCCUUGGUCCCAUCGACUACAACGCACUCUACCUCCGUCGUAGAAAGAAAUAAACCAAAAAUGACAUCUACCAUCGAAGUCAUCCAGAUCACCCCGCAUUUCACCGUACAGUCUUCAACUACGUGGAAGAAGCUCAACUACCACCGGUUAUCAACCAAAACAUGCUGCUAUUGGCGGUUGAAUAAAUUUUUACCAAAC